UCCACUGUUAAAGCGCAUGAAGAAGUAAUUUCUUGCGCAUGUUCAGUAGCGCAAAGCCUGCCGGGACACUGCUGUCAUGGCUCCGAAACAACAAUAACAAGACUAGCACAUGAAAUAGCUACUAUUUACUGUACUGUAAAUUAAUUACAACUACAUCGUCAUCUGGACAAAGACAUAAGAGGGCGAAGUCAUGGCUGGAGGAAACAAAGCAGUUGACUUGCAAAUCCAGAUGCGUCAGAAUGCAGAAGACCUGCAAAGCUUCAUGAAGGACCUGGAGACGUGGGAGACGGAAAUGAAGACCAAAGAUGAGCAGCUGAGCACAUGGGCGCUGGGGGGUGACCAGUCCAAACUCCCCCCUGUGCGUAAUAAGGACUACAAAGCAAAAAUGAGGGUGAAGAAGAAGAUGAAGAUGGCAAAUGGGGACUCCAAGGCAGAAGAGACGACUACCAAUGUGGUAUCAAGGAUAAAAUCGCACGAUUAUAAGUCAUGGGACAAGUUUGAUGUGGACAAGGCUCUAGCAGAGGUGGACAAGGAGGAAAGUCCCACAGAGGCAACUGAAUCAGACGCAGAAGAAGCUGCAGUUGAUCAGGAGAGAGCUUUAGCAGAAAAGGAAAAGGGUAACACGCUUUUCAAAGAGGGGAAAUACGACGACGCCAUUGAAUGUUACACCAGAGGGAUGAGUGCCGAUCCUUACAAUCCAGUUCUUCCUACAAACCGAGCCACCAGCUUCUUCAGACUCAAAAAGUAUGCUGUGGCCGAGUCGGACUGCAACUUGGCCAUCGUUUUGGACAGCAACUACUUUAAAGCAUACGCACGGAGAGGAGCAGCCCGCUUUGCACUGAAGAACUAUGACGGAGCAUUAGAAGAUUAUGAGAUGGUCCUCAAGAUAGAUCCUGGUAACUUGGAAGCCCAAAACGAAGUGAAGAAAAUCAAAAAGAGUCUUGAAUGUCAAGAGCCAGUUGCAGAAAAUCUUCAAGAAGAUCCCACGUUGGACCAGGAGCAGCAACAACUGAUGGAGGAGCAGCAGAGACGACAGGAAGCAGUUGUCCAAAAAGACAGAGGUAAUGCUUAUUUCAAAGAGGGCAAGUAUGACGCGGCUGUCGAGUGCUACAGCAGAGGCAUGGAGGUGGACAGCAUGAACGUGCUGCUGCCCGCCAACAGAGCCAUGGCCUUCCUCAAGCUGGAGAAGUUUAAGGAGGCUGAAGAAGACUGCACCAAAGCUAUCUCUUUAGACGGCACAUACUCCAAGGCCUUGGCUCGCCGAGCCACGGCACGAGUGGCGUUAGGGAAGCUGGAGGAGGCCAAGAAAGAUUUUCAGGAGGUGUUGAAGUUGGAACCAGGAAACAAGCAGGCCCUGAAUGAGCUUCAGAAACUCCAAAUUGAUAGUGUUCCCAGCGGCAUCCUUCAAACAGCCGGCCACAGGAGAACAGUGCAACCCAUCGACAAAGCGGCCCAUCUGCGCUCCACUAAACCCUUGAGGAGGAUGGACAUAGAGGAGGUCAGUGGGAAGGUGGAGGUACCUGAACUGCAGUCAAGCGGGCAGCAGGAGGUGGCGAGGGACCCCGUAGGCGGCUCCUCAUUGUCCAGUGCAAAGAUGAUCAAAAUCCAGGAGAUAUCAGACACCCCCAACUCAGUUCCUUCAAGCACACAAAUCAAAGAGGAAACCGAUCAUCCUCCCGAGUUGUUCCAGAAACCGCCUGUCCUGCCUCCCCCACCCAGCCGAAGUUUCCAGUUAGAAGCCGACCUCCGCACAAUUGGAAACCACCCGGAAGUGGUUUACAGAUACUUAAAGCAAAUCAAGCCAGAGGCGUACGCACACAUUUUCCAGAGCUCCCUUGAGCCAAACAUCCUCAGUCAGAUCCUACAAACGCUGCGUGAUUUCUACAUCCAGAAUGAAGCUGCAGCUGUCACAAUGGACAUUCUUAAGAAUCUAUCAAGCGUGAGGCGCUUUGACACGGCUAUCAUGUUCAUGUCUUCUUCAGAGAAGAAAGUGCUCAAAGAAGUAUUCGACUUCCUGCAUCAAGCAGACCUGGAUGGAUCUGCCAUUACAGCCCUGCAGAAGAAGUACAGCAUGUGACUUGUGUAUUAUUCCGCUUUGGGUGCGUUCAAGGAUGCCAAGGCAAAGCCAUUGUCACCCGAGGGAGAUAUUGGACACCCCCGGUUGCUGCAUUGAAUCAAUCAUUAAAUAAAAAUGUAUUUUA